AUGCUGUCUGCAUUAGACAUAGACGAGCGCGAUAUCCGAGGCCGAGUUUCGAGUUCCCAUGGAUACACCAUGAACCAUGGGACUGAUGCGGAUCGAUGCCAAUUUUCCAACACCGAGCCUCACCUCUGCUUCCGAUCCUUUGUAGAGGCAUUAAAAGCCGACAAUGACUUGCUCGAGAUCGAUACCCCUGUCGACCCCAGCCUCGAAGCGGCUGCCAUUACUCGUUGGCUUCCCGCUUAUUCCGUCGUUUCUGAUGUUCUUAUGCCUACCGAGUAUACCACCGGGAGGGAUUGGGUGGCUGCCGAUUUUGAGAACUCGUAUCCUGAGGAUCUCCAGAAGGUGUUGGACAAUUGGACCAAGAUGGGAUUCCGGGAGGAGUAA